CAGCUGGGGUGGCAGCACAGCUCUCGGAGGUUGCUUCGAUGCUCAAGCAGGCCUCCCCGCAGGGCGAGACGGAGGUCCCUUCGUCUUCAUCGGUCCAGAGCCCCUCGAACGAGGCCCCCGACAUGACCAGGAGCCAGCGCCAGACCGCCAUCAAGCAGUUGGAAGCAGCGUUGGCCACCCUCCACGGCGCCGAGCAUGCGGCCCUGAGGGAUUCGAUCAACCAGAAGAUUGCCAGCCACAAGCAGGCGAUCAUCUCGGACAAGCCCCUGGGCCAGCGCAGGGACCACUGCAAGGCCGCGCUCGAGAGGGCCAAGAAGCGCUCCCAGCAAGCCCGAGAGGCUUCCCUGGCCCAGCAUGCGGCCAAGGAGUCGGGCGGCAUGAACGUGCCGCGGCGCCACUCGGCGAAGAGCCCCCCAGUGCCAGGGGAGGACACGAGCGCCCCCGGGGUCGCGCUCACCCACCGCCACGUGGGCAAGCAACCCCUACAGCCGCAGGAGAAGAAGAAGAAGCAGCAGACCCUCACCAAUUACUUAAACCUCUCCAGCGGGAUCCCGGUACUCGCCAUAUCCCGAAACGCCACCAUCGUCAGCAGCGCGGAGAUCAGCAUCAGCCCGCCCACAGGUGUCUUUUGCCGACGUGGUUGCGAAAAGCGACGGGUGAACUUCGCCAUGGAGGCGAACCAGUACCACUACAUUCCCGACCUCGGGCUUCACCAUCAAGAUCUCCAAGUUCACAACAGUGCUCCUUCGAGGUGGCAGAGACAUUGUGACAAGAGAGCUCGCAACGGAGCUCAGCUCAUUCUUGCCACCUUCAAUGUCCAGACACUGGAUGCGAAGGAGCGCCGGCAGCUACGCCGCAUCGGCGAGAGCGUCACCGCUCGCACGCACUACGUUGAGGACUUCUUCAACAAGCAUCACAUUCAGUUGGCAGGCAUCCAGGAGUCACGUCUUCCCGAUUCUGGUUGUCAAGAUCUGGACCAUUACUUCGCCUUCUCCGCCCCCUUCACUGACGACGGGUUGGGGGGAGUGCAGAUCUGGCUUCAUAAGGCUCUCAAGGUCUUGGCCAGCACGGCGGCCGCGAAUGCAGUCAGCCCCCGUCUGCUACGCACAGAGUUCUCUGCAGCAGGCCUCGCGGAAGAGAAGCGAGCCUUCUGGGCAUCCCUCCACAAAGAAUUGGCCGCUGCACUGCACAAGCGCGCCCUGGUCGUCUUCAUCGAUGGCAACGACGACGACGAGGCGGCCAGCGUCAACUCCAACUACCAGUUCGCCUUCGAGCGCCGCCUGGCGCACGACCUCCAGGACGCCGCCGGGUUAAGCGGCACCAUGGAACCCACCUGGUUCGGGAUCCCGGGCGAGGAGAAGCGCAUCGACCAUGUCUGGCUCGGCCCCCGCGGGCACCGCAAGCUGCGCGCCACGAGCGUCCUGCAGGAUUCGCUGUGCUUCUCCGAACGGGAGGACCACCGGGUAGUUAAGGCCACGGUCGCCUUGGACCAGUCGCUGGGUCCGAGGCCUGCUCCCAGCCUCAAGAUGUCAUCGGAAAAGCUGCACGACCCCAAAAUACGCCGGGCCUUCGAAACGGACAUGUUCGCCCUCGCGGACGAGCUCCAGCACAACGUCACUCAGGGCCCCGACGUCUACCACGCUCAGAUGAUCGAGCACGUCCAGGACAUCCAACGUGAGCACUUCUUCGCGCCGGCGUCACAAGUUCCCAAGAAACCCUGGAUCUCUUCGACGAGCUGGGCUCUCAUCAAGAACACCCCGGGCAUCAGGAACUUGGCAGUCUGGAGCUGGCAGCAGGCGCAGCGCCUCCUAUUCCAACGAGGGUUUCGAGCAUGGGCGGGUCAUCUGCGCAGUCCUGCUUCGCCCGAGUAUGCCGCUCUACGUGGGUCCAUCGCGGCCGCCCGCAGGGGGGCGGCUCAGUCCUCUGCCUCCCUGUCGGCGCACCGCGCUGCCACGAGGGCGCUAAGUCGGGCCGAUCGGCAAACCUGGGCAGAGGGCCUGGCAAGGCAGGCGGACGUCGCAGACCGAGAUGGCAACACCAAGGCUCUCUUCGGCAUCGCCCGUCAGAUUGGGACGCCCCGGGGUUUCCGGAAACGCGCGAAGGUCAACGACGAGCAGGGGCGCUCGCUGUACGAUCCUGGUCAGAUCUCCUCAAGGUGGAAGCGCCACUGGACGUCCUUGCUCGCCGGCCAGAUUCCCCCUAUGAGCGAGGUGUGGCGAGCUGGGAGAGAGGGCACGCUUGACGUAGUCAUGCCCCUGUUCAGCUUGGCCACCUCGGCGGCGACGGCUCCGGCGGCCAUGGAGGGCGGCAAGCUUUUCGACAUCUGGAAGCAGAAAG